AUGGGCUCUCCGCGGGUCGUAGAUCACGUGACGAAACACGUCUUUAGGAUUGCCCUGAAAAAAUCCGAGCGUACGCCGGCAGCACAAAAAGAUGCCGGUCAGGGGAACGAACGGCUAUACGUAGGACAAUUCUACACCCGUAUAACGGGCGUGGCUUCCACGGAGGACGUCACGCUGGAUGCUGAAUCCAUUGACGAUGUCGCAAGGUCGGCUGUCUUUGCCUGCAUAUUGCAUAAGAAAAACCCGCUCACGAUGCUGUGUGAUGCCUUCGUGAGGUGUACGCAAGUUAAAGGCCAGGUAGAAGCCAACAAGGACCCCUUCGGACUACCGGAACUUAGCGGUGAUGGCAAGCUGUUGCCAGGAGUGCAAGCUCAACUCAGGGAGCUGCUGGCCACAAUUAACCGUGUCAUCAUAACGAACUCGGCGCUGUUGAUGGUGUGUCCGAUGUUCUUCAACUUGGAAGACUUCGUUGCCAAGCAGGAUCUGAAAAAAGAGCCACUAGAUGUGGCCGAUCAGACAACCAGGUGCAAAAUGAUCAAUGAGGUUAUGGUGGAGGCGAAAAAUGCCACGUACAUGCAACAAAUGCUGGACGAGAUGUGGCAAAAUGACGAAACUGCAGCUCUCGGGGAAAUGUAUUCCUUUUUCUCGAAGAUGAGGAGCGAUGCAGUCGGCAGGCCCAUUGGCGAGAAACCAGUCACCGAGCUAAGUGCGCUCACCAACAUAUGCGGCAGCAAAUUAGGCGCUUCUCUCGUCGUAAUGUGGUUGCUGAAGGAAGAUACUGCAGGUAUCACAUGGAGGUCUUCAGGGAUCCAGAGGGAGAUCGCCACUCUGUUGGGGCGCAUCCUCUCUGCCUCCCCUAUGAAUGAGGAAGCGCUUGAAACGGCUAAAAUGACGUCUCCAAAUGCUCCUACAUGUAAAAACGCAAAGAACAUCAGAGAACUCAACUUCCGCGGAAAAAGGGACAUGGCCUCGAUCAGAACGUCAUUCGCCCACCUCAGGGAGGAUCAUGAAACAUACAUCCACAUGGUUUCUAAUCUUUUAAAAGCGAUUCUAAGAACUGAUUUCAAGACUAGAACUGAUUUCAUGGCUAUCAUUGGACAGUUGGUGGCGUAUAACGCGACAAAGAGACACCUCUCCCGAAUAACGCAUGUCGAGCAACCUCCCAUCACCCUUGAUGACACAUUCAAGAGGAGGAGGAUUGUAAUGGCAGACUCGACAUUUGGUGCCUCUCUGAAUGUGAUGUGGCUCUUAUUGGUGCUGGCCGAAGGAAUCACGGAGCAAAAGGUCGACAGCAUAGACCCCAACUUCUGCCAAAUUGGGUUCUACGCAAAGAAAAAGACAACAAUAUCGGGGAGUUCGGAAAAUAACAUUGAUGAAUCGAGGAUUCGCGAAAUGAGUGAAAUGCGCGCAACGCUCGAUACCAUGAUCGGGUUCCUCUCGUCCAGCAGCGCUGGCAUGGGUGACGAAACGCAACUCAUGGAAGCGCUGGAAAAGCAGCAUUUCGACAUAACGGAGUCGUAUAAUGCUAAGUUUAUCACGCAGAUCUUUUGGGCAACUUUGCAUGGACUCGGAAUGUUGUAUCAGCCCUGUCUUCAGGAGUUCCUCAAGAUAUUAAUUUUCACCAUGGAGGUGGCGCAAAACUCUGCCGACCCCAUGAACGAUGAAUCCCUUCAGGAUGUGGUGUCACACUUAUAUAUGUGGAGAUGCGUAAUGCAGCACGGCAAGUUCCUGGAGGCCUUGUGGCACUACAUCAACAUCAGCCUCCAGUUCUUCAUAAAGUGCGCAUUGUCAGAGAUGUGGGAAAAGGCAUCGACGACCCCUUCAAACUUGAAGGGGACCUCGCUAUGUGUGCAAAUGGUCUACAGCUUUGCCUCCGGUAAACUCGGGUCUCCUAACGAAGUGCCGGCGAAAUUCAUUGUGCUGCCGGUUGACUUCAUCGACAUUAUUCUGGACGUUAUUAAGCACAUCUCCAUCGUGAGACUCUACGCUUCGCACGUCAAACCGCAAGAUACGGAUUUGCUGGAAUUUAUGGAUUUCGAAUUAGUCAUGGCGGCCUGCAUUUUCAUCAUGAAGGCUGAUCAGUCAUACAUCAAAAACCUCACCCUCAAGUGCGACACGGUUUCGUCCAUUAUACUCAACCUCUGCAAGUCUAUGGGGGUUGAAAAGUUCGGCAAUUCACCCGGGGCUAAACAGCACCUGGUGGACGCCCUAACAAACAUUUUUAUAGCAUCGCAAAGGUCGGACUACAACUCUAGGAUAUCAUGCAGGCUCAACGUUAUCCAUACGCUUACCAAACUUUUCGGCAUCGAAGUGUACAAGAAAAGCUUCGUCGCGCACAUCAUUGCCAAUAAGGAAAAUUUCGUGCAGUUCAUGCACCUGCUGCUCAGCGACACCACGUUCAUUUUCGAGGAGGUGGUCACGUUCCUCUCAGAGAUAAGACGCCGUGAACUUGCUGGAAUCACGGAUGAACCUCAGGAGCGUACCGAGCAAAACGAACCGUCCACAAGCAGUGGGCAAUCUGCUCAACCGCGGCAGGAGCAGAGGGAACCUCAGCAGCCCCAACGCGAACAAGACGACGACCAAUCACUCGAUCCGUCGUUGCAGGACGGCGCCAUUGACCCUAAUCAGCUGAAGAAUAUGCCAUUUAAUGAACUCCAGGACCGCACCAGCAAUUUUGUGGAAUACGGAUCUCAGAUCACCACCCUGCUCUACAUACUAUGCAGGGAGUUCCCCACCGAAAUUACGGGCACAUCGGUCCUACUGCCGCAGGUUGCUUCAUGCCUUGGCUGCUGCCUGGAUAACCUUGCAGGAAAAGGCUGCAUUAACCUCAAAGUGAAAAACAUGAUGCAGUACAACUUCCAGCCCAAGAAUUGGCUCACCAGCGUGGUUAAGUGCUAUGUUGCACUCUACGGCGGCGAGAACCCACAGAAUUCCGAACCGUUCAUGAAGGCUGUUGUGUCAGAGGGGCGCUACUUCAAGCCCUCCAACUUCGAACGGGCGUUCAAAAUCAUCACGAGAGAAAUGCUGCUGGUAUCGAAAGACAGGCACGCGUUCUUCAACAUGUCGCAGAAACUUUGCCAGUACGCUAAGGCAAACAACACUCUCUACGAGAAUGCGAUGAAUGCGGAAAUGCCCGACGAAUUCCUGGACCCUAUCAUGAUGGACAUCAUGGAGGACCCGGUGCUGCUGCCGACCAGCGGCAUUGUGAUGGAUCGGAAGAACAUCGAAAGGCACCUCAUGUCCGAGGCCACCGAUCCAUUCAGCAGACAACCGCUCACCAAGGCGCAGCUUGUGCCCCAGGAAGAGCUGAAACAAAGAAUCGAUGCCUUCUUGGCGUCGGUGUCCAGAUCAACUGACAUUACAGAGGACAUAUACGAGUCUUAA